CAGGCAGAGUGAGUAGAGUUGUCUGAUGCCAUAAACUACAUUGGUGUGUUGUUGUAACUCGCUACCACUGUGUGUUUAAGGGGUCAGUCAUAUAUUAAGCUGGGAUCAACUCGGAACCAUUUUGUAAUUAACACACUCUUCUGUUGUUGUGAAAAAAUAGAAUUAGAUACUGUUUUGUGAAAAAUUCAUCUGUGCAUCAGGAAACAGGGAGUGUUUUGUGUGAACAAAAAUUUUUGGGUGCAUUCAAGACUAACGGUAAUUUUUUGAAAAUUCAUGGCUUUAUACACUUUAUAUUAGAAUGGAAUACUUUAUAAGAUAUCCAUAGUAACAAAUAGUUUCAACUACCUGCACCACCACCACCACCAUGAGUCGAAAACUUAUUGUAAAAAAAGAGUUAAACAGAUUGAGUGAACUAGAAAGGAAUCUUAGAGAAAGUCCUCCAGGCAGUGAUGAAGAACAUUACACUCAAAACAGAGUCUCAUCUCCAUCAUCUCUGGUUACAACCUCUGUUCCUUCUGCCAAGACAUCCCCAAAUCCUGCAAGUCAAGUACCACUACGAGGGAGAUCUUCUACCUCUCCCCCAGAUUUGAACCAGAGUUCUGAUUCUUUAAGAAAGGCGUGCUCCACAAGGUCAGGAAAAUCACGGAAAUCUUCUUCACCUUUAGUGAGAAAUCCAACUGCUACCUCACCGGUGUCUACGUCGUCUCACCGUGUACCUCCUAAAUUCCCAGAGCCGAGCAGAAAACCAUCCCCCUCAUCAGCACGUGCAGUGAGGCUUAGAGAAAAAUCCCCAUAUCCUCUUGCCAGGAGUUCCUCUUCUCCUGUUAACACAACUUCAUCGAAUGUUGGUGUAUCAACUAAUACUGCACAAGCUCGAAGUACAUCUACUAAAUCUCUCUCACCACUUGCAAGAAUUCAGGACCCUCAGACAAACUUGUUACUUAAAAAGAAUAUUUCCUCUUCAACCAAGAACCUUACUCCCUCCCCAAAGGGUUUGUCCUCGAUGAAGAAACUUUCUUCAUCUGCCAAGAAUCUACAUCUGGGCCAUGAAUCAGGGUCAGCAUCUUAUCCCCCAAAUGAAAAGGUGAAGCUAGAGCGGGUGUUGGGACUGACGGUGCCCAGUAACGCUGCCCUCGACUGUGACCCACACACCGGCCAGGUCGCCUAUCCUGCAGGAUGCACCGUAGUGUUGCUCAACUCUCGCAAGAACCGUCAGCUACACGUGCAGAAUGCGUCGAGGAAGACCAUCACUUGUGUGGCCUUCUCUCCGUGUGGCCGCUACCUGGCCACGGGCGAGUGUGGCCACCAGCCCUCCGUCAGGGUGUGGGACGUCUCCGACAGGUCCCAGGUGGCCGAGUUCCAGGGCCACAAGUAUGGCAUCUCCUGUGUGGCAUUUUCUCCUACCCAGAAGUAUGUGGUGUCAGUUGGCUCCCAGCAUGACAUGAUCGUCAAUGUGUGGGACUGGCGAGGAGGGAUCAAGGUUGCUUCCAACAAGUUUUCCAGCAAAGUAAAGGCCAUAAGUUUUGCUGAGAAUGGCUCUUAUUUUGUCACUGUUGGUAACCGUCAUGUCAAGUUCUGGUAUCUGGAAGUUGCACGUGGCUCGAAGUUCAAGGAGCCAGUACCUCUCACUGGCCGGUCUGCAAUACUCGGAGAGCAGAGAAACAACUAUUUCUGUGAUGUUGCCUGUGGUCGAGGAGACAUGGGUGAUUCUACAUUUGCCAUUACUAAAUCGGGCCUCCUCUGUGAAUUUAACAACAGACGGUUGUUGGACAAAUGGGUGGAGCUUCGAACAUCAAGUGCCAAUUGUUUGGUAGCCGGGGAAGAAUACAUAUUUGUAGGCUGUGCCGAGAGUAUUAUUCGUUGCUUUAGCCCGUUCAACCUCCAGUUUAUCACCACCUUGCCACGGACGCACUACCUUGGGGUGGAUGUAUCAAAAGGACUGACAAUCAGUCACAUGGCCACUCACCCUAAUAAUGCCAAGUACCCCGACACCAUUGCCGUAGCUUUUGAUGAAAACAACCACAAAGUGACAGCUGUGUAUAAUGACCACUCCAUGUAUGUGUGGGACGUCAAGGAUAUCAAGAGGGUUGGAAAGUCUCACUCGUAUCUGUACCACUCCGCCUGCAUCUGGGGCGUGGAGACCUACCCCUCCCAAGGUGAAGGUGUCAAGGGAGUGAUGCCGCCCGGUUCUUUCAUCACUUGCUCCUCUGAUGACACCAUACGUGUUUGGAACAUUGAUUCUGGCAUGCCCUCUAAUACUUUAUAUAAGAGGAACAUAUACAGCAGUGAGCUCCUCAAAAUCUUGUAUGUGGACCCAGAACUGGGAUUCAUCAAAGACACAGAUGUCAGCCCCCAAGGUGGGGACAGAAAUGACACAUCAUAUGAUUCUCGUAACGGAGUGAGGUGCAUCAGAGUUAGUCCUGACGGCAAACACCUGGCAUCUGGAGACCGAGGAGGAAACAUCAGAGUACAUGAGCUGCAGUUCCUUGAUGAGCUGUGUAAAAUAGAGGCACAUGACGCCGAGGUGUUGAGUCUUGAGUACUCUCGUCCAGACACAGGGCACAGGUUCCUGGCCUCGGCAUCACGUGACAGAUUAAUUCAUGUAUUUGCAGUGGACCAGGAUUACAGUUUUGUGCAGACUCUGGAUGACCAUUCCUCAGCCAUAACAUCUGUAAGAUUUUAUCAGAGUCAGGGAGCUCUACAGAUGGUGUCCUGUAGUGCCGACCGGUCCAUUAUAUUCCGUAGUGCCACAAUGACUCCACAGAAUGAAGUUUGGUUCUCCCGAGGCCACAAUGUUGCGGGAAAAACUACAUUAUAUGACAUGGAGGUUGAUCACGGUCAGCGACACGUCCUCACUGCAUGUCAGGAUCGUAACAUCCGUGUUUAUAACGUCAACACUGGUAAACACUCCAAAACCUUCAAAGGAUCUAUUGGUGAUGAUGGAACUCUGAUCAAGGUCAUCCUUGAUCAGAGUGGUAUCUAUGCUGCCACCAGUUGUACAGACAAGAAUAUGUGCAUCUAUGAUUAUUACUCUGGGGAAUGUAUGGCUAUAAUGUUUGGUCACUCCGAGCUGGUUACUGGACUCCGCUUCACCAGUGAUGGUAAACACCUCAUAACUGUGUCUGGCGAUGGCUGCAUCUUCUUGUGGAGAAUGCCUCAUGACAUGACCCAGACGAUGACUGCCCGGUUAGCCCAGCAAGCGGAGAGAGCUUCCAAAGAAAAGAGGAAACCACAGCGACAGUCUAUAGACAAUGAAGACUUCAGGCCUGCCACUGAGGACAUGUUUGAUCAGAAUGCUAACGAGGCGGAGGAGCCCGACUAUAGGUUCAGUAUGGGACAGUUGCCUCUGUGGGCCAAGAAGCAGAUGACGGAGCCACAAGGUCCUGGUGGUGGUGCAGGAGACAGAGGAGUUGUGGACAUGCCCAAGGGACGAUGGGCUCAGCGACUCCAUAACAAUGCCAUCACCUUUAAGAGCCAUUAUGACACUGACUCUGUAAUACCCUUCCCAGCAAGAGAGAAACGUGCUGCAGACUCUGAGUCAAGUAAAGACAGCUCUCUGGAGGACAGUGUCGGUGUUCACAAGCAGUAUAAUACUCCUCGUAGAGAAAAUAUGUUAUUAACCAAACAGGACCCGAGUGGAGAAUCUCCUGGCUUUGUUCCUUGUCCUGACAGUUUAAAGGAAAUUAAUUCUGGGGGAACUUUCCAGGUGACACCCUCUAAGAUUACUACUAAAAGAGGUAGUGAUCUGGAUGGACGGAAUAGACACCACACAGACGAGAGUGAUGUGAGUAGUUUACGAGUCGAUGACGGCACCACAGACCACGAUGGGGACAUUGAAGACUGCAGCGAACAUGAUGACGAGAGCACGGAACCUGAGCAUUCGGAACACCUAAUGUAUUACCCUCACAAUGAUGACACAGCUAGUGACUUUACAGUGAAUGCUAUGGACGUAGAAGAAUUACGGCGGUCUCAGCGUCGACACAGGAAAGCUCGACCAGAGAGACCCACAGAUAUACCAUUAGUGUCAGUCUCUGGGUCUCAGGAUUCUGAUGACGAUGAUGAGGUGUCUACGCCGAGUGCAGACACUGCUGAGCGUAAUAUUAUGUCCAUGUUGAGCGUGAGCACCGAGAGUAUUGACCGUGUUGGCCGACGAGAAAACUUCCUCAAGACCAACUAUGAGUCCCUAGAGGGAGAAGCAGCAAGACCAGAAAAAGAAGUAAAAAAUAAAAAUAGCAUAUCUUACAAGUUUAAUGCCAGAAAUAAAGAUAGUCACGUGUCAAAUAAAAGAGAGGAGCUUUUAAAGAGAAUUGAAGAAACAAGAAAGAAACUACAAAGUAUUGGCUAUAAAUCUAACUUAAGAAAUAGCAAGAGCAUCUCGGACCUUAGCAACAUUCCUGAGAAAGAUACGUCUUAUAUGUCUGGGAACCAAGGUAACAACUGUGAGUGUGAUGAUAACCCCUUUCAUCUUCCUGUCCCCACUGCAUCUCACAUUCCUCUCACAGGCUCCAGCAACAUUCCUGAAUUAUUCACCAGAAGUGUUCCAACAGUUGUGCCAGGUGUUGUGGGUAGUAUAUCUGAAUUAGUAUCAGGCUCUCUUCCCCGAUUUGUCACUGGCAGUGUACCUGAGAUAGGGUCUAGUUGCCUUUCAGAGUUGGGAAGUAGUAAUGCAGAUAUGGGAGUUGAGAGUUUAGGAAAGAUCGGUGCAGCAAUAUUUGAUGGUAGUGCUGUACCGAGAGAUCAGCAAAGAACAGGUAAGCAACUGCUAGCUCAACUAGAAAGAGAUCUGCAAGAGUUUGAUCUUCUGAUGGGGUGUCCACCAUCACCUCCUGAAGUUGACACAGAUUCUUUGGAGGAGACCUUACGAAGUUUGGCCCUAUUGACCUCCCAGGAAACUGUGCCUAAACAAGUUUACCAGAAUCGUCAUAGAGGUGAUGAAGACUCGGACAGUGACACUGUUAAGAGCGAAACAUCAAAUUUUAGCUGUGAUAGUUUGGAAGAUGGAGAAAAUGAGGAGGAAGAGGAAGAGGAAGAGGAAGCGGAACCAUCCCCCGAGGAAGAAGCUGAAGAUACUCCUCGCCACCGUGUGUUUGAAACGCCCAAUACUCUGCCUCUCCCACGUCGUAAGAGGCAGAGAUGGCAAAGACUCUCACUCGAAGGUGUAUCUAAGUACCGACCCAAUGAUUAUGAGUCUGAUGUGUUUCCAACAAAUGAAAUGUCAACUAGUUCUCAUUCUCAAGUAUUUCGGACAGCAUCAGAUACAGCACUGGCUAAUAGUGACAGCAGCCAUUCAGAUGUACAGACACCCACUAAUCCCCCUUAUUUUUCUGUAAAGUCACCGGGGCAUACAACCAGCUCUAGGUGUAUGACGGUUCCUGACACUACUCGUGGCCUUGUGAAUCAGCCCAAGGAAACCAUUGUUGUACAAGAAAAUGACUAUAGUAAUACUGUGUCCACACUUACUGUAGAGACGCACUCAUACCGGCUUGAACGUUCAGCACCCGUGUCUUUUUCAAUACCCCAGCCCCCAGCAGUAGAGCAGCUGAGGAGACAAGGCCGUGAAUUAUCACCUCGGCGGCAGCCUCACAAAAGUAGAGUCAUUCUUCCCCCAGCUAGUGUAGGUGAUGCAGAGCAUUUUCCUGUGGUGCAGGCUCAGCCCCUACCCCCAGGGCCUCCUGCAGCUGUCUACCUACCAUCAUCCCAGCCCACACUGCCUCAAGGAGCUAUACCUACUCCAGGCAGGGCUCAUCGGGUUCUGCUAGCAAAGAGGGUCACCAUACAACAAAUACUUCCCUCCAAACAUGGCGGGAGUGGCGACAGUGGGUUCAGCAGCAGCCCUGGUGGUGGCAGUGGUGGGUUACGUCGCGCGUGCUCUCUCAGUGACCUCACCAACCCCGGUGCCCCACGACGCCUACUGCCAACUCCCCCCUCGGCCGGCGGAAAGAAAGGUGGCAGCAAGUCAAGUGGCAAGUCCCCGGGGCGGUCACACUCGUUAUCACGCUCCAGUUCCAUCGGCGUUCUUAACCAAACUGGUGAAGAUAAUUCAAGAAGUGAACGACCAAUGCGACCCACCAUAGCAUCCAUGAACAAGAUGACUCCUCGUGCUCUGAAGAGGAAGGCAUCACUCUCACAGGCUGUGUCCACAGGUGACAUCCGGCAGUUCCACGAAGACUCUAGUUCGGAGGAUGCAUCUCCCUCGGAACAUAAAAAUACACGCAGUCGUACCCAUGGAAGUGACAGGCGCAGCAACCUUCCCACUCGUGCGGUGAGUGAGCGUGACCUCACCCGCAGCAACAGUCUGUCCAGUAAAUCCCGAGGAGAGUCGGUACGGGGGUGCUACACCUCUGCUGCAUCUCCAAUAUCGAGACGUGGGCUUCCCUCCUCUGACAUCAGCCGACCAUCUUCUGCUGCCUCUACUGUGGAUAUGAGUCCAGAGGAAUAUCCAACACGUGAUGACCUCUCAUUCAUAGACUUUGAAAACAUGCCAUUGAGUGUUGGGGUGGUUGAAAGUGUUUGCGAAUGGGUAGUAGAAGGAUGUGAGCGUUUAAGUCAAUUGUGGUGGCGAGCGUGUAGUGAAGGAGGUGGAGAGGAGGACCAUCACCGUGCCCUACGUUCACUCUUACUGGGUGCUGCCGCCAGAGCCACCCAUGCCCUUACUCCUCUCACUGCUCCCAAUGCUGCACCAGCACCAUCCUUAAUGAACCCGGCACCCCCACCACCACAAGGGACGGACAGUAAGGAUCCCCGAAUGGUAGCAAUGAUGCAACAGUACACCGACAUUCUGGUCAAUAUGGUUCAACAAAAAAUGGCAUCACAUCAGCCUCCUCCAGGCCCAGCGUGAUUAUGUAUCCCUCCCAACAGUCAUGCAAUCCAAACCUCAGAUAGUCAUAUGUCUUAAUAGGCAAUGUGUAUAAUUUAAGUAGAAUGUGGAAAAUGAAUGUUAUUUCCCAACUUUUCUUUUUUUGUGAAAGGCUGUGUGUUUUUCCCUUUACUUGAAUAAAACACGAUGUGAUUUUAAAGAUUCUCUAUAUAGUAUGGUUUCGUGUUCAUAUUGUCCAGUAAACAAAGUGUUAAGAAAUACAGUCUUUCUGUGAGUGAUGCCAUUUUUAGUUAUGUUUGAUUUUUAUAUGAACGAUUUGACAUUCCAGGUUGUCUGUGACAAUUAUUUCCAUUUAGGGCAAGAGUUAUUUUUGUCCAAUUUGCUGCCAAAGCUCUCAUGACCACUAUGUCAUUGUAAUUAUCUCCUGCCAUAUAAUCUAAUGGUUCAGUUGGAUAAAAACUGAACUUAAAAAAGUAGGAUUGAUGAAUGCAUACAUUUUGUUUGGUUUUUCAUUCUGAUUUAUAAUGAUGAAACAAGAUCAUUGGAUCAGUGUGGUGAAUCAGAAGCAUAGUGAUCUGUACAAAGUGGUUGUCAGGUGAGAGUGGCUUGUUGACGCAAGGAUGCACUAGACAUAUGGCACACAGGCUGUCGCAAUGCAGCAAUAGGCCGUUAGCACCAAGUUUUAGAAGGUGAUCUUAUUCUGUAUUAGAUUAAUAUAAUCUUGUAUUCAAUACUUUAUUUAACAGCAUUUUUUUUUAUUUUUUUUUUGUUUUUUUACUUUUAACAUAAUCCAUAUGCUAUUAACUUGUCUAACUUGUCAGUUACAAUUUAUUGGACAUGGUGAAGGCUUACUGCUGAUUUGGGCUGGCUGUUUACCCUAUGUUUUAGAAUAUAUUUUUUAUAUACCCUAGUUGUGCAAAUUGUACUGCCUGGUCUCAUUAGUGUUAUAUAAUAUCUAUUAUAAAGAAUUAUGUUGAACUUUCAUAAGAAUAUUGAUAGUUAUGAAAAAGGUCUGCACUUUUUGAAGGUUUUCAAGUGGAGUGUAAAGUAAAUCCCAAUUAGGAUGAUUAUUUGUGUCAAACAUUGGGCAUUUUUUUAUGUCUGGGAAUCUGGAUUAAUCCUUAGUGUCAUAGAAAUAUUACCUAUAUCUAGUUGCUUAACCAGACUCAACAAGUACACUUCUGGAUAAAAAUACAGACCAGGCAGGAUUAGUACCCAACCACUGAUGGUAUCGCUAGGUGUGGAAGGUAUUGCUGCACUCUUGCGUUGACUUCCACUCAUCGAUACCAAAAAUUUUUGCUCUGUUGCUCACUGCUGUCUGUGCUCAUGCUGGAGCUGAUUUCAGAUAUUUUUCUGUGAUUGGAGUUCCCAGUAUUUUUAUUACUAUAAACUUAUCAGAGUUCUUCAAUUAAGGCUUUUUAAUAACUUUUGAACUAGAAAUAUUGAAAUUAAGUUUAAGCUUUGGUAAAAGCUUGGACAGUAUUGUCUGUGAGCAGCAUUUAGUUAUAAUGAAAGUGUUAGCCCCUAGCACUGGCUAGUUGUGGUAGGACAACCUUGCCCACCCAUAACCAUGAAAAUCAAAAUAAACUGCUGGACUCUCUUGAGAUAGAAGCUUCCAAAUUAGAGUGAUACUGUUAGUGAUAUUCUCAUUAAACAGUUAAGGUACUAAAUUUGUAUUGUAGCUCAGGGUGGUGAUACUUAGGAGUUGAGGCUUGUGUGUGUUUGGUAACAAAUGUGACAUUAAGCCCUCAUCCUUGGGCUCGGGUGGGCUUGGAGCAGUUGUAGGAGCAUUGACGUCUUUACCAGUUCUUUGUUUGAAUUGCAAGAAUACUUGAAAAGGGUAGGAUGAGCUGGGCUGAGUUGAGUCAAGCUCCCCCAAAGGCACCUGAAGGUGCCAAGGUGAGAGGUGUGCCAAACCCUUGCAUGCAUGGCCAAGUGCCUUGCCUGCUUGGGAGUGUAUAGAUGUAUAAUAGUGUACAUUCUCUUUAGCUUCUAGACAUCAUUCCCUUUGCUUGGGAGGCUCACUGGUCACAGGCUGGGUUUAAGAACUAGCAGGUCUUCACUUAUGUAAGAUUGUGUCUUCCCAUGGCUGUCAGCAUCAUUGCCUUCCAUUAGUGCAGUUGUCCUCCAGUCUACCCCCAGGGUGUCGAGACAGUGCUGUUGAACAGCUUUGUCCUCUGACUAUGCUCAUGGAGAUCCGGGUAAGUGUUUGCCAAAUGAAAUCUCAUUUCUUGAUAACCAUAUUUCAUGAAGAAUGAUGUCCUUUCUUUUUUUUUAAACCUAAUAAACAAUGUUUCAUUUUAAAUAAAUCUGAGAAAUGAU